AGCUGAUUUUUGUUUAUUCUAAUUUUGUUGUCAUUGAAAAAUUGUUUUUUAUUCUAAGUAACAUUGAUCUCAAUUGAAUAAAAUUAAUUUGAAAAUAAUUUUAUCACUCAAUGAAACAUAUAAAAUCAAAUGAAAAAUUUAGUUGAUUACAGCUCAUCAGAAUCGGAUGAAUGUGAAAAAGAAGUGAAAUUAAAAGAUUCUGAAAAAUGUAAAAGAAAACUUCCAAUGCUUUUAUCAGUGAGUGAUAAAAAAAUAAAGAAUGAAUGUCGUGAAGAUCAUCAAAUGAGAAUUCGGUCAAUUCCACAUGUUGAAGGCAACUGGGCAACUCACGUUUAUGUCGAUUGUCCUCUUAAUGAAAUAUUUCUAUCAUUUCUGAAGGAGCAUGAAGAAUCUUCGCAAGAUAUUCAUUCAAUUGAAUCCACACAUGUCAGUCUCUCAAGGACUUUUAUUCUUCGUUAUCAUUGGAUUGACAACUUUUUCAUUUCUUUACGAGAAAAGCUGAAACAGUCAUGCAAUCCUUGCACUAUUGAGUUCUCAUCUCAGAUUGUUUAUUACUCAAAUGAAGACAAAACACGAUGGUUCGCUUGCAUCCUCGUAAAUGAAAGCUUCACGCCCUCAUUGAAAGCUUUAGUCAGCGCAGUUGAUUCAUGUCUGAAUGAGUUCAAUCUUCCAGUUUAUUAUGAAAAUCCCUCGUUUCAUAUUUCAGUGUUCUGGAAGCUGACAGAAUUUUCUGACGAAGAAAAAGCUGCGAUCAGUCAAAAGAUUAAAAAUUUUAUGGAACAAGAACACGAAAUUUUUAUUUUGCAUAUUGAGAAAAUUUCUUGUAAAAGUGGAAAUAAAUUAAUAAAAGUUUCUUUGUGAAAAAACUGAUA